AGCGUUCAAAAGAUCGCGUUUUGACAACGUACUUUUGGAGCCUAUCAGCGUUCCAUACCAUGGAGGUACUUGGGAAGACUCAUGAGACCAUAGGCCUACUGAUAAAAUGCUUAUGAGGGAGCAAAAUUCAGUUGGUGGUACAGUAACCGAAGAAAGUUGGGAAUCACUGCUCUACAUCAUUCAUUUAUAUCUGAACAUUGUCUAACGUUGUGUCCAGGUGUGUAUUCAUAAGUACACACCCGUAGCAAACAGUUUCAGAAACGUUUUUCAACAAAAGUAUAGUUUCUAUUGGAGAAAUCCAGGAAGGUGCCUCCCUGUUUCGUUUGCUUCUGUUUGGUUUCUAGUGAAUACUCCCCUGCUGAACCCAGCUCAAGAUUACCAUGUCUGUCAAACUUCAACAACAAAAAACUAAGGAUGCUCCACCCCCCCUCCACCCUCCCCUCAGACAGCCGAGAGAGUAGAAAUGGCGAUGCUAGGAUCUUUUAGCUCCGCACAGCAGAAGAAAAAUGUUUCUGGCGGCGACAGGGACGGGACAGAGUUCGUCUGUCCGGUUUGUCUCGAGAUUUUCGAUAGCCCUGUCACAACACAAUGUGGACAUACGUUUUGUCAAAGUUGUCUGCAGGAGUGCCUGCGACCCCAGAAGCCAGUGUGUGCCGUUUGUAGGGCAGCACUGGGCCACUGGGCCAAAGCCACUGAUCUAGAGGACCUCAUACACACCUCAAUGGCGGCCUGCAAGGGCUGUGGAGCACAGGUGGGCCUGUCCCAGAUGAGAGGCCACACGGCAGCGUGCUCCAAGUACCAGGAGUAUAUUGAGGAGGGGGUCAGGACCACUGCCCAGACCCAGCCUAACAUUAUUGGCCCUGUGCCGAACCGCUUCACUUUCUCCUGCCCCUACUGUAACUGCCAGAACCUGGACCAGGACGGCCUGGUGGAGCACUGCACUUCCCAGCAUGCCCGGGACACGCGCCACGUGGUGUGUCCUAUCUGUGCCUCUAUGCCUUGGGGAGACCCUAACUACAGGAGCGCUGACUUCUUCCAGCACCUCAAGAUUAGACACACCUUCUCUUAUGACACCUUUGUGGACUACGCCACAGACGAACACACUAUGAUCCAGGAGGCUCUACAACGCUCCCUCAUGGAGAACUGAGGUGGUGUCUGUCUUGAGGAGGGAGGGAAGGUGGAUUUGAGGGAAAAUAAAAUUGCACUGCACCAUCCUUGUACCGGGCUAGUGGUGUAACCAUGGUAAAAAAAUAAUAUUAAGGGUGGGUAGCAACUUCCUGACUGCAUAACCAGGAAGCUUUGAGGUCUACCAAGCAACUUCUCUUAUCACUUUACAAUUAUCAUUCAAACAUAAAUAUACCAAUACAAGUUAAACAAACACUUAAUGUGCUUUCUGGUGUAGAAGUGGAGUGAUGUCCCUGUAUCUCUCUCCAAAGAAGUGUUGUAUUGUUAGAUCGUUCAUAAUUCUGCCGAAUCAUUAUUAUUUGAUCUGUCCAUUGUUACCAUUGUCAUAUAGGCCUACUUCCAAAGUUGUUUGUUUGCUACUGUUGUUGUUAUGACUUGAUUCUGCAAUAAGAGGCUUAGACCACUAGGUGGCUACCCUUUGCCAACAAAAUGGGAUGAUACCAUAGAGAUAGAUAGAGGACUCAUCUUUGUAUCUGUGCUAUUUUUCGCAUCUGACAGCAUGGGAAGCGCCUUUUGAGGGUUCUGUUUUAUAGUUGUCUGUUUUCUUCACGAUUGGCUGAUCCCUCCUGAUGACCCAGUUGGACAUGACUCCAUCAGGGUCACCAGGAGGGAUCAGCCAA